AUGUCAGAUGCCCAUGAGUUUGUGAGAAAAUGUAAAAAGUGCCAGGAGAACGCCAACUUCCACAAAGCACCUCCCGAGGAGCUCAGUCUAAUGAUGGCUCCCCGACCUUUCACCCAAUGGGGGGUCGACCUCUUGGGACCAUUCCCACCAGGACCCGGGCAAGUGAAGUACUUGAUAGUGGCCAUAGAUUAUUACACCAAAUGGGUAGAAGCAGAGCCACUAGCUAGCAUAUCCACAGCAAAUUGCCAAAAGUUCAUGUGGAAGCAGGUGAUCAAAAGGUUCGGGAUCCCAGAAGCCGUCAUAUCGGACAACAGGACACAAUUCACCGAUAAAAAGUUCAAAGGGUUCCUAGAAGGACUAAGGAUCAAACAGAAGUUCUCCUCAGUUGAACACCCCCAAACCAACGGCCAGGUCGAAGCAGCCAACAAAGUCAUCCUAAAGGGGCUAAAAAAGCAACUCGAAGGGAAGAAAGGCUCAUGGGCAGACGAACUAGCCUCAGUACUGUGGUCAUAUAGGACCACCCCCCCCAAUCAUCCACCGGCAAAACCCCCUUCCGACUCACAUACGGGGUCGACGCAGUCAUCCCAGUCGAAGUCGGGGAGCCAAGCCCGAGGCUACUCCUCGGAGGGGGAAGCGAGGCGAUCGAGAAAGACCUAG